UAAAAGUUUAUCAAAAUAAUUAUGUGUAAUAAUGUUAUAUCAGAAUUAUUCUGUGGUUACUGGUUAUACAUUUAAUAAUUGAUAAAUCACAAUAAUAAUAAAUAAUAAUUUAAAAACGUGCAAUUCAGUAUUUUUUACGAUUUUACUAGAUAGAAUAAAAAAAAUUAACAAAAUGGCAGCUGAAGAAUUACAGAAACAGUUCCAACACGAACUAGACGCUUUUAAACAAUGUCAAAAAGAAAUUAAUCAAUUGGCUGGAAUGCGUCAACAAUUAGAUGGUCAACUAAAUGAAAACUCAAUUGUUAAAGAAGAAUUAGCUCUAUUAAAACCUUCAGGUGAAGUAUAUAAAAUGGUCGGCCCCAUAUUACUACGUCAAGAUCACACAGAAGCUAAAGAAAAUAUUGACAAACGUAUGAGUUAUAUAAAAAAUGAACUACAAAGAAUUGAUGACCGUAUACACACAUUAGAAGGUACACAAGACAAAUAUAGGGAAUCUCUUACUAAAUUACAACAACAGUUUCAAGCUCAACAAGAAAAAAAGUGAUCAAUUAUUUCAAAUUAAAUAUGAAAAAUUAUAAUACUAACUAUUUAAUAUGUCUAAUUCAUUUGAUUAUUAAUAAUUUCUAAAAUAAUAUAACAUCUAAUUGAGAUAUCUAUGAACCUAAAAAGCUUAUUAACUAAAUAGUAUAUUAAUUAAUUUAGUAGUAAAUAAUAAAUAAUAUUUGUUUCAUGCUAAUUCAUUUUUUAUGUUAAGAAUGUUUUGAAAUUAUGUACAAGAUAUAUUCAAAAUAUAAUAAUAUUUAUCAAUCA